UUAUUCGUUCAACGAAAGACCUUUUAAAACGAUUAAAAGGGAUAAAACAAUAAUGAAUGCUUAAAACAUUCUGCUUAAAUAAAAUUUAACUAAAUUAUCACAAAUUCACAACACUGUAACACCCAUGGACAAUAUUACAAUUUUGUAUAAACUGUCACUAAUUCAUAGUAUGUACACAUUAAAAUAACAUUUUGAAUAAAAAAAAGAUUUUGAAUUUAACUUUAGAAAAUCAUAUAAGUUAUUACUAAAUACUUAUUUUGUCUAUAUAAUUUGUAUGUGAAGAUUUGAAUAUCACUGUUGAUAUUUUUCGUGGCGCGAAUAUCGCGGUAACCGUCUGCUGCACUUGUCGGAAUGUUUGUAUGAGCGGCUUGUAUUUUCUGUGGAAGUACGAUAAUUAUUCUUUGGAAGUUAUAUGUAUUUAUUUAAAUGACUGGUUUUAAACAAACCUUUCCAAAAAAACAAUAAUUUUUAAAGUACAUCUGAUACUGAAGAAUACAUUGAAGUAAUUACAAAAUAAAAAAAUGUCAUUUCGCGGUCGUGGAGGUGGAGGAUUUGGAAGAGGCGGAGGAGGAGGAGGUGGUGGAUUUAGGGGCGGAAGAGGAGGUGGAGGAUUUCGAGGAGGACGUGGAGGUGGUGGAUUUGAUAGAGGAGGAAGAGGAUAUGAUCAAGGUCCACCAGAACAAGUGACUGCAUUAGGUCGUUUCACAUGGACAGUUCAAGAUGACCUAGUUGCUAAAGUAGACAUAGAACAAGUACCUUUUUUUAAUGCUCCAAUCUAUACAGAAAAUAAACAACAGGUUGGAAAAAUAGAUGAAAUAUUUGGUAAUAUCAGAGAUUACUACGUGUCUAUAAAACUAUCAGAGAAUAUAAAGGCAUCCAGUUUUCAUAAAGAUACACAGUUAUUCAUAGAUCCAGCAAAAUUAUUACCUCUACAAAGGUUUCUGCCUAAACCUCCUGGAUCAGAACAAAAAAGAGGCGGUGGCGGUGGCCGAGGGAUGAAAAGAGGUGGUGGAGGACGUGGUGGUGGUGGCCGAGGUGGCGGUAGACCAUCAUUUGGACGUGGUGGUUUUGGAAGUAGAGGAGGUGGAGGUGGAGGUGGUGGUUUCAGAAGUCGUGGUGGAGGCGGCGGUGGCGGAGGAGGAGGAUUUGGAAGAGGUCGUGGAAGAGGAAAGUGGUAGAAGAAUAAAGAUUAUAAUAAAUUUUUACAUAAAGACAUAUGAAGUGAUAAAGAUACCUUACUUUCAUUAAAAGAAUAUCAGCUUCUUUAGUGAUAUAAACGUUUCUUAUAUUUUAUGUACAAUCAUACGUAUAUUUCACUGAAAUAAAACUUCUCAUUGUUACACUUCAUCAAAUUUAA